AUGACCGCCGGCCACUCACCCGCCUUGGCCGCGCACCUCCUGCGGCUCCCCCGCGAACUGCGGGACCUAAUCUACGCGUUCGUUUUUCGCGACCUGCCCUCCGUCCCUCUGGACGCCGUCCGCACCGGACUCGCAGGCCUCGCCCUCCCGGCGCUCCACGACACGGCCGCCUUGACACCCGAGCUACUGGAGGCCUUCUACACGCACGCCACCUUCCGCGUGCAGUUCUCAGACCGCCAUCCGAGCCCGCUAGGCCGUAGCGCGUUCCCCGCGUACGAGACGCACAUCCGCCGGCUGGAGAUCGACGCCGUAGAAGCGUCCCUGCCGGAUCCGCUGCCGCUGGACGCGCUCGAAGCUGCGUGCCGGGGGUCCCCGUCGCGCGUGCGCUGGGAGGCGCUGCUGCAGCUCCCGCGGCUGGAGCACCUGGCGAUCCGGCUGCAGAAGACCGCGCGGGGGUUCUGCUGGGCGGACUUCAGCCCCGUGGUGGUGCGGCUGCGGGAGCGGCAGCCCAGACCGCGCAUCUCGUUCAGCGUGUCGUUUGACUGGCAGUUGGAGGCGUACUGGAACUCGCCGAUGUGGACGGUGGGGGGCGAAGAGAAUGAGGUGCCGUAUGAGCCGAUGGGGUUCGUGGACGUGACGGCGUUGAUUGGGCCGCCGACGGAGGAGGACAGGGCGUAUGUGCGGGAGCACAAUCUCAGCGAACAGCCGACGCUGUCGAGGGAUCCGUGUAGGGGCUUGAUUGGCGAGACGGCUGCACAGAGGAGGGUGCUUGCGGAGACGUAUGUUGUCAAGGAGCCGGCGUUGCUGCGGGUGCUGAUUAUGGAACAUUACGAGGUGUACAAGAGGAUGAGGGGAGAGAAGUAG